UUCAUUCAUUCAUUUGUGGUUUUAUUCAUCAUGAAGAGUGUAAGAAACGCGCUCUUGUGUUUGCUUAUUUUGCCGCGUGUCUUGAUCGCUGCGCUCGUGUUGUGGUGUCUGGAUUUUCUGUGCGUGAGGAAAAGAGUUUUACUUUAUCUCAGAGAUCGUGAGGAUGAUGAAGAUGCUGAAGAUCCGCCGCUGUGCAUCUCCGAUGAUAACCGCAUGUUCGGCUGGGAAUCUCUCAAAGCGGUUUACCACGGACACAAACUGGACUGGAUGAAAUCGGCGCGCGUUGGACGCGGCGCGCCGGACAGCGAAGUCGUGGAGCUCUCGGACCUGCAGCCCAGACGGAUCCUGGACUUUGUCCGGCAGAAUCGACCGCUGGUGCUGAAUUUCGGCAGCUGCAGUUGACCGCCGUUCAUGACGCGACUGACGGCGUUUCAGCGGCUCGUCCUUCGCUAUUCAGACAUCGUGGAUUCACUGCUGGUUUAUAUCGAGGAGGCUCAUCCGUCCGACGGCUGGAUCAGUUCCGACGCUCCCUAUCAAAUCCGCAAACAUCAGAGUCUGGAGGAGAGACGCGACGCGGCGCGUCUGAUGCAGCGCGAGGCGCCGGGCUGUACGAUAGUGGCCGACAGCAUGAAUAACUCGUCCAGCUGUGCGUACGGAGCGUUUUUUGACAGACUUUAUGUCGUGCAGGACGGCAAGGUGGUUUAUCAGGGCGGCCGCGGACCGGAGGGUUACCGGCUGUCGGAGCUCCGACUCUGGCUGGACCGGUACCGAAAGCGACUCGAUGCCUCCGACGCCGCGGCCGCUACGAUAAAAAUGUUGUAAACAGCAGCAGAGAUUUUGAUAAGACUAAACGUUACUGCCUGUCCAUAUACAAAAAGUGUUGAUUUGUUUGGCGAUUUCAUUCUCUUCUGUAUUUUUUGUGAACGUCGAUUUUUAAAAGGGUUAACACAGCCAGAAAAUCGACGUGAUGUCUGAAAUACAGCCGAUUUAAUCUCUUCACAUCGCUUCAUUUUUAUCAAACGUAUUUUUUAUUAAAACAUUUAUUUCAUAUCUUGUUUAUGUGUUUAUUUUAAACUCGAAACGAAGUUUAGCUAAUUUGACACAAAUGUCCCACAUUUUUGGUUUGAUUUUCUUUUAGUUCAUUGCGUCUUCGCGUUAUUUUUAUUUUUUGUUUACAAAUGAAACCAUUCAGAAACUUUGUUUUAUUUGACCAAAUGUGUCUUUCUGAUUUAAAUGAUCAAUCG